GCUUCCAUUCGAGAAUGGAAAUUGGCAAGGAAGGAGGGAAAAGGUCCAAUUUGCACCUCUGCUAUUUUAGGGGCGGUUGAAAUUGAGAGCCCAAGUGGACUGAUGCGCUCACUGAAGUGACCUCCGUUCUCCAAGACAGAAAACCUAGGUCCUCUGCUUGUGAAGUGGUUCGAGCUCUUGAGCAUGAGGCAUUAUUACAUAAAUUCAAGCUCGCACGGAUCCUUAGUACCCUGAGUUGCCUGAAGGGGGGAAUGGCACUGCCUGCGUGUGCAGCCCGGGGGCUCGGGCGGCCGCUGCAUCCGGAGCAAGGAGCGCCCGCCCGCACCACCUGUCCCCGCCAGCAUUCCAGAGUAGAGGCCGAACUGGCAGCCAGCCGGUCCGGGUCGGUCGCCGCCUCAGUCUGCGCGAGCCCUCCUAGGGGUGUGUCUCACGGAUUCAACUGCCGGCCGUUCCUGGACGAGCCCCUCCAAGCGUCUUCUUCCCUGGCGGGAGCUGUGCGCGCCCCGCUUUUCGCGCUGCUGUCCCGAGGCCGCCGCAAGCGGAUGCACGACCUCAGGAGACGCUGGGACCUGGGCUCCCUCUGCCGGGCCCUGCUCACUCGGGGCCUGGCCGCCCUGGGCCACUCGCUGAAGCACGUGCUCGGUGCAAUCUUCUCCAAGAUUUUCGGUCCCCUGGCCAGCGUCGGGAACAUGGAUGAGAAAUCCAACAAGCUGCUGCUGGCUUUGGUGAUGCUUUUCCUAUUUGCCGUGAUCGUCCUCCAAUACGUGUGCCCAGGCACAGAAUGCCAGCUCCUCCGCCUGCAGGCAUUCAGUUCCCCGGUGCCGGACCCGUACCGUUCGGAGGAUGAGAGUUCCGCUAGAUUCGUGCCCCGCUACAAUUUCAGCCGCGGCGACCUCUUGCGCAAGGUAGACUUCGACAUCAAGGGCGAUGACUUGAUCGUGUUCCUGCACAUCCAGAAGACCGGGGGCACCACUUUCGGCCGCCACCUGGUGCGCAACAUCCAGCUGGAGCAACCGUGCGAGUGCCGCGUGGGUCAGAAGAAAUGCACUUGCCACCGACCGGGUAAGCGGGAGACCUGGCUCUUCUCCAGGUUCUCCACGGGCUGGAGCUGCGGGCUGCACGCCGACUGGACUGAGCUCACUAGCUGCGUGCCGGCGGUAGUAGAUGGCAAGCGCGAUGCCAAGCUAAGACCUGCCAGGAACUUCCACUACAUCACCAUCCUCCGAGACCCGGUGUCCCGGUACCUGAGUGAGUGGAGGCAUGUCCAGAGAGGUGCGACCUGGAAAGCGUCCCUGCACGUGUGCGACGGGAGGCCCCCGACGUCGGAAGAGCUGCCCAGCUGCUACACUGGUGACGACUGGUCUGGCUGUCCUCUCAAGGAAUUCAUGGACUGCCCUUAUAAUCUCGCCAACAACCGCCAAGUGCGCAUGCUCUCCGAUUUGACUCUUGUCGGCUGCUACAACCUCUCUGUCAUGCCCGAAAAGCAAAGAAACAAGGUCCUUCUGGAAAGUGCCAAAGCAAAUCUGAAGCACAUGGCGUUUUUUGGCCUCACGGAGUUUCAGCGGAAGACUCAGUAUCUGUUUGAGAAGACCUUCAACAUGAACUUCAUCUCGCCGUUUACCCAGUAUAAUACCACUAGGGCGUCUAGCGUAGAGAUCAAUGAGGAAAUCCAAAAGCGUAUCGAGGGACUGAAUUUUCUGGAUAUGGAAUUGUACAGCUAUGCCAAAGAUCUCUUUCUGCAAAGGUAUCAGUUCAUGAGGCAGAAAGAGCAUCAGGAGGCCAGACGGAAGCGUCAGGAGCAGCGCAAAUUCCUGAAGGGAAGGUUCCUUCAGACCCAUUUUCAGAGCCACAAUCAGGGUCAGAGCCAGACUCCAAGUCAGAACGUGAGUCAGUAUGCGAAUGUGAAUGGCAGCCAGAGUCUGAUGCACACUCUGAUGCAGAAUGUGACUCAGAGCUCGAGUCAGAAGGAGGCCCGGGACAGCCCGAGGCAGACAGCAGGGCAGGGCCAGAACGACAGUGGCAGCUCCAGCAAUGGCACCAAUGACUACAUAGGAAGUGUAGAGAAAUGGCGUUAAUGGAGUCAGAGAGGCUUGGGCACACUUACCCCAAAGCGCCACUCAAAGAGGAAGGCAUAUGCCGAGAGGUGAAAGAGUCCACACACACCCUGCUUACUUAACUUGGGAAGAAGGAAACACAGAAACGAAACAAUAGUUUAGCUGUUGCCUUUACAGUUGCCUUUGAAUUCAGUGUUAUACUGUGCAUGAGUGGAACAGAUCUCAGUAUGCAAUUAAUUUGUUUUAAUUGGACUAUUUAUGAGACCCAAAAGUCAAACCAAAUUCACCAGAAAUUACUGUUUAGAUAUUUAAAGAAGUUCUUAAAUUAGUUACAGAGACAAAAUGAAAACAUCAAACAUGACCAUGUAACUUAUGGCUAAGAAAUGGAUUUUAAAUGAUUCAUGAUACACUUGUUAAAACCCAAUCUUAGAAGCAAAGUUCUUUCCCCCAAGGAUAAGCAUAAGUAUAAAACAAGUGACUGCAGAGAAACACGAAAUCACUCAUUUUGUUCUGAUUUUCACAAGGAAGCUAUUUAAGUAGGAUAGCAACUGAUGAUAAAUUUCACCAAAAUAUGUAGAAAAUGAAAAAUUCUUUUCCCUAUUAUGGGUAGUUUUAUAUAAAAAUUCUGGCUUUUCAAGAAAAGGAUUCCUACCUUGUAAUUUAAGAGAUGUUUAAAAUUUUAGACUUUUUCUACCUUCUACAGUAUAAAGGUUUUAAACAGGGUGUAUCUCAUCAAACAAAACACUUUUGUUUCCAAAUAGAAUACCAAUUGUAAAGAGCUACUUUCCAGAUGCUUCUAGGGCACUGUCAUCUUGAUGGUUCUGGAAUGUUCUUGGCGCUGCUUCUCAUUCAUUUUAAGGCUUCUCCCAGUUGGGCUCAUUCCAAACAUACUCAUGUAUAGAAUCUUUCUUCAUCAUCUAAAUGGUGUGUUGCUGAAUUUAUUGUGGUAUAUAAUAAUCCUGCAUUUAAAGUCAGGACUUUCUUUCUAGAAACUUGUCUUAUCAAUGUUUGUGUAGUAGGGUCCUUAUCAAGAAACUCUUCAACUGGAUAAUGUGUCUAAAAACAUUGCUGAAUUUAUUCUUAAAAUCAGAUAUAAUUGAACCCGAAUGUGAACUGUUCUUUACUUUUUGUACAUCUUUAUUGUAAUGUUUCUGGUUGGACUUGCUAUUUCCAGCCAUUUAGUUUUUUACGUUGACAUGUUUUAUAGAGAAUUACAAAUCAAAGGAUGAUAAAUAGUAGAAUGGAUAUUAGGGUAGCCAGAGGUCUUCAACAACUCCUCCUUGAUACUUCAGGUAAUUCUUUUACCAAAUUUUUCUUUAAGAAAGAACAAAAGUAAAAUGUAUCCUGACACGAAGUAUCAGGAACGUGAGUUAGAAGAGUGAUUUACUUAUUCAAGUCUGUGCAAAGAGACCACUUUUAUGGAUUACAAAUUGACCAAUGUAGAACGAAGUAUGUAACCCACUGUGCCAUCAAGCACAUGUCUGAUUCUGGCAGUUUCUAUUGUAUGUGUUUUGCUACAUUUUUGUGAGGACUUGGCUAUCAAUCAAACAAGGUGAUUGGGGGUGGCAUUUCUAUUUUCAGUAAGAACAGGCUUGGAAGUGUGACUGUAAUGUCACAUCUUGUCCCAUCUUCUCAUGUGCAUGAUCUAGUUUCAUCUGUAAUAAUAGGGCCACAAGCUAGACAAGAAAUAUUUGAAUUUAAAAUGUGUUUUCUUGACUUUGAGCUUGGAUUAUGACUUCCACCUUUUGUUUGGCCAACAGUAUCACAGUCCUGAGGAUUUUGCAACCUAAAAACCUGCAAGGAAAUUCUUUUUUUUUUUUUUUUAAAAAUAUGCCUUGAUGUCAAAGUGUUUUAGAGUGAAGCUAUUUUGUGUACACUGUGGUUUUAAACUAUGCUGUCGAGUACUUUGGUAUUUCAAUUCUGUUUGAGUUUUAACUGAAGGUGGUUGUUCGUCAAACUGACAGAUAGUGCUGGAAAGCAGGGUGAAGCCCAAGCCAGUGGAAGAGCUUGUUGCAGAAAAACCAUUUUGUGCUACUGCUGUGGUGUGCAUGGUUUGCAGAGGUACAGUACAUUUUCUGUGUCUGUGCUGAGUAUUGUAUAUAGGGGAUGAUCUAAAUACACAUCUUUGUCAUCAUCAUGUAAAUCCCAUGAUUUCAACUGUAAACUUCUGUCCAAUGAUGUAGCUUUACAAACCAUUCACUGAUUUUUUUGUGUAAUUUAACAAUAGAU